AUGGCAGUGGACAAAAACACUCUUGUGGCAGUCCAUUAUAUUCUCUCUGAUCUGCUUCGGAUUCCCAUCAACAAGAAGCUCUUCGUGCGUCGCAUUGGCCAGGUUGCAGCAGCGGCAACCUGUCACGAGAAUGAGUUGAUUCUUGCAAUCAUCCUCUUGCUGCGCGCUCUGCAAAGCAAUGCACACAUUACUGAAAAGAAUAUUUACUACCAAUACUUCGUAGCUAUAACGCUCGCUAACUCAUACCUCUACGAUGCACAGCUAAGCCUCUCGCAGUGGGCCCAGAGCUGCUGGGUUACAGUGGAGCCUAGCAAGAUCUUUGGUGCUCAGCUACUGUUCCUCAGUGAUGUUGACUGGGAUCUUUGUGUCUCAGAGGCUGACUACAUGGAGAUAGCUCUAUGCAUAGAUCUUUUAUGCGAGGUAUAUGCAUAG